GAACAAUUACUAGUACAGGGCGGAUUGGYGAACGACUUAGCAUAUCUGGCACAAGAUUAGAUACUGGGAGUCCAGCAAGAUUCGGUACUAAAUCCAGUGUCGAAUCACUUAGGCUUUCUGCUGGCCGACAAAGCUUACUCGACUUAGUAGGAUGUAGAUUCGGCGUUAGUCGAAAACCACCUCAGACCUGUUUCUCACACUCUCGAGACUCGUUGACGCCGGUUUACACAAACCAGACUAGCAGUUGUCUGCCGGGUGGCAUAGCCAGCUCAGAUUCGGACAUAGCGGCUAAGGCGGGUGGCAAAUCGUCCUCCGGACAGCACCGUCCGAGCCGUGUCAACUUUGAUGGUACCGGCGCAGGGGUGAGUGACGGUGGUGGAGGAGGCGUCAAUGGGAGUAACACCGGAAGCGGAAAUGCUUCCGGUACAGUGGUGGCGUCAAGUGGUGGUGGUGGAGCUAACGGCACUGGUGGAGGCAGCGCCACGACUGGUAGGGCGUCGUAUAACAACGCCCGCGGUUCCAUCUGUUUCGACGGCGGCCGGCAGAAGAACGGUGGUCCCCGGCAGUACAGAGACCGGACGUCCGACCGAGUCAAGGGCAUACGGUGGUCGUUUGUGUUUGAUCCCGCUGGUCAGCUCUGCUACUACUGGAACAUGGUCGUGUCUUUGGCGUUCCUCUACAAUUUCUGGGUGAUCAUAUAUCGGUUCGCGUUCAGUGAAAUCAACCGUAACACGAUCGUAGUUUGGUUUUGUUUGGACUAUAUAUGUGAUUUGCUUUACGUGAUCGACAUACUAUUUCACUUUCGCACGGGUUACCUGGAGGAUGGCGUGCUGCAGACGGAUGCUGCCAAACUGCGCAACCACUACAUGAACUCGACUACGUUCUACAUAGACUGUCUGUGCCUACUGCCGUUAGACUUCCUCUACCUGUCCAUUGGAUUCAAUUCCAUCCUCCGAUCAUUUCGGAUAGUGAAGAUCUACCGGUUCUGGGCGUUCAUGGACCGAACCGAACGACACACCAAUUACCCAAACCUCAUCCGAUCCGGCAGUCUCAUCCACUACCUGUUGGUGAUAUUUCAUUGGAACGGGUGUCUUUACCACAUAAUUUACAAGAACAACGGGUUUGGUAGCAAAAACUGGGUAUACACGGACUCGGAUACCGAGGAGACGGACACGGUCAAACGGUACCUGCAAAGCUAUUACUGGUGCACGCUGGCGUUAACCACCAUCGGUGAUUUGCCCAAACCGAGGAGCAAUGGCGAGUACGCAUUCGUCAUAUGCCAAUUGCUAUUUGGUCUUCUAUUGUUUGCGACCGUGCUCGGCCACGUGGCAAGCAUAGUGGUGAGCGUGAGCGCUGGCCGAAAAGAAUUCCAAGCAAAAUUGGACGGUGUUAAAACAUACAUGCGAAUGAGAAGAGUACCGAAUCACUUGCAGACCAAAGUGAUUAAAUGGUUUGACUACCUCUGGUUAACGCAAAAAUGUUCAGACGAAGAAAAAGCCAUUAGCUGCUUGCCGGAUAAAUUAAAAGCUGAGAUCGCAAUAAACGUACAUCUAGACACUCUGAAAAGGGUAGAAAUCUUUCAGAACACGGAAGCAGGAUUCCUUUGUGAACUGGUUUUGAAAUUAAGACCCGUGUUAUUUUCUCCGGGCGAUUAUAUUUGUAGAAAAGGGGAAGUUGGCAAAGAAAUGUACAUAGUCAGCAGGGGAAAAUUACAAGUGGUCACAGACGAUGGUAAGUCGGUUUUAGCAGUACUCCGAGCAGGGUCAUAUUUUGGAGAAAUUAGCAUACUCAACAUGGGAACAGCAGGGAAUAGGCGGACUGCUUCAGUCCGAUCAGUAGGCUAUAGCGAUCUGUUCGUUUUGUCAAAAAAAGAUAUGUGGGAUGUGCUCAAGGAAUACCCUACUGCCAGAAUCAGACUAGAGGCAAUAGCAACCAAACGUCUGGAAAAAUACAAAACUGAUCCUAGUCCAGACGAUAAACUAGAAGGAUUAGUUGGAAGGCGAUGCAAGUCGACGCCUGGAAUCGUAGAAAGCCAAAUUAAAGUAGAAGAUGAAAUGUGGUUACAAUCCAGCGAAGGUCUUUUAAGGCCUGCGGCCACAUUUAACAGUAACAUCAAUAACAGAACUUCAUUCAGUCCUACCGCAAGUCCUAGUUUCAGAUCAAAUGCCGCUGCUACUUUAGAAUCCCCUCUGUCUAGUAAAUAUUCUCUAGAUCAAGAACACCACCAUCACCACCAUCAUCAUGUUCAAGAUGCUCAAAAACCACAAGCAACAACUUCGGGUGCAGGUAAAGAUGCAACGAUGGUGUCCGCAUUGGAAGCAGAAAUCAAUAGACUUCAAGAACGUUUGAUAGCUGUGGAAACAGAGAACUUGUAUCUCAACAAAAAAGUUACUCAACAGCGAUGGGAUAUGGACCACAGGCUUGCUGAAAUUGAGAUGCAGAUUUGUAAAGACGUUGGAAGCAGUGCAGAUAGUAGCUGUGAUGAUAACGAAAGAAAUAAAGAGUCAAUCAUCUAAAUGAUUUUUUCAAUUGAAUUUAAAAAAAAAA